AUGGGUCAGGAACGUAAUCUCUUUCAGAAAUCAAAGCCAAAACAUGUAUGGGAAUCCCGACAGGCUUUUGGCAAUCUCUUCAAUUGCUUUUAUGCUCUGGGUAUGCAGGCACCGGAUGGCAGUUAUCCCACAAGGAGCAGAGUAUGGAAACGUGUCUAUCGCUGCUUUGCGGCCAUUAUGUAUCUAUGGCAAUUGCUAAUGGUGCCAACGUUCUUUGUGAUCAGUUACAAGUACACGGAGGGCAUGGAAAUUACCCAGGUGCUAACCUCAUUGCAAGUGGCCAUCGAUGCUGUCAUUUUGCCAGCCAAAAUAUUGGCUCUAGCCUGUGGAUUGCCCCUAUUGCGACGAGGGGAACUCCAUUUGGCCGAAUUGGAUGCACGCUGUGUACGACCAGAAGAACAUCGUCGGAUUGCGGCAACAGUGCGAUUUUGCAAUCGUUUGGUUUGGUUCUAUCAGAUAGCCUAUGCCAUUUAUUCGGCCUCGACGUUUGUUUGCUCAUUCCUGUUGGGACAGCCGCCGUAUUCGUUGUAUCUACCGGGUCUGGAUUGGCGGCGAAACCGACGACAGUUCUGUGCCCAGGCAUGGAUUGAGUUCAUCAUCAUGAACUGGACGUGCCUGCAUCAGGCCACCGAUGAUGUCUAUGCGGUCAUCUAUUUGUAUGUUCUGCGCACUCAUGUCCAAUUGCUUAGUGAACGCAUGCAUCAUUUGGGUAAGACAAUCCAGGAUUGGGAUAAUCAGCCAGGCCAGAAGCAGGUGCAGGAGCAGCAGCAGCAGGAAAAUGAUUGUGAUGAACUGCAACGGUGUAUACAGGAUCAUCAGACUGUGCUAAAAUUUCUAAAUUGCAUUAGUCCUGUCAUUUCGCGUACCAUCUUUGUCCAGUUUCUAAUUACAGCCGCCAUAAUGGGCACCACCAUGAUCAAUAUAUUCAUUUUCGCCAAUACCAAUACGAAAAUCGCCUCGACCAUCUAUCUGAUGGCAGUGACUCUGCAAACAUCUCCAUGUUGCUAUCAGGCCACCUCGUUGAUUGAUGAUUGCCAGAACCUAUCUUUGGCCAUAUUCCAGUGCCGUUGGAUUGGUCAGAAUCCCAAAUUUCGUAAGCUAUUGCUCAUCUAUUUGCAUCGUUCGCAGGAACCAAUGAAAUUGACUGCCAUGAAGCUAUUGCCUAUCAAUUUAGCAACCAAUUUGAGCAUUGCAAAAUUCUCAUUUUCACUUUAUACUUUGAUCAAGAAAAUGAAUCUAGGUGAGCGCCUAAACAAUGGUAAUUAG